AUGUACCACCUCCGCCGAGCGACCGUCGUGGUCAUCUUCCUCGGGGUCUUCAUCUUGGCCGCCUCUCUCCUGCCCCGGAUCCUAGCCCCGGUACCUCCGACUGCCGAGGAGAAGCAACGGGACAAGCAAUGGGUCUCCUCGUCGCCAUACUGGAUCGAUCGCCAGGCCUGCCGAUGGCUCGGCCUCUGCGGCGUCAUGCAUGUGCGCUGGGAUGCGCCGGUCCUCAAGCUGAGCGGUGACAAUGGCAAGGACAAGAGCCCGCAAGAGCUGAGGAAGCGAAGUGAAGAGCCGUAUAGCUGGGAAGUGGCACAGGGCCCAUCAGCCCAAGAGAAGCAGGGACCCCAAGGAUGGAACGACGGCGAGAAGGUCACCGUGGCAGAAUCGUUGAGGGACAUUCCGGACUAUGUCCUGCGCUAUGCGCCCAUGGUGCACCUGUAUUCUGGGGAGAACUUCUGGCCCUCGGACAUUGCGGAGCACAUCCAGCACAUGAUGCCGUUCUUGAACGGCUCCCUGCUCAACACCACCGAGCCAAUGACGCUGGCAAACAUGCACAGACUUAACGCAGAAGACGGCAGAGUCUUCCUCACCAGCAAGGAAGACGUUGAAGAGCGACCAGAGUGGCUGCACAGCCACGUCGGUGUGCCAGAGGCCUACGAAUGGGAGGAGACUGAGGCCGAGCGCCGCCGCCGUGAGAUGGAUCAAGAAGAGCUCCGGCUGCGUGGAGGCACAUCCUGGUGGGACGUGAAUAAAGACCGGCCUUUGCAUCGCAUCUCAGAUCCUCGGCGCAUACCGUACCAAGACACCAGUGCCCCACCUUACUCGCGAUCGCGGCCGUUCAGUUCGAGGGCGGUUCGCUCCAAGAAUCUGCGCAGGAGGCAGCUUGCUGGAGAAGAACCGGAACCCCAGCGACCGUUCCCCGGCCCGCCAGGCUCACCAGAUAGCGAUGUGAACAAGCCGGAUCCCAGUGGCUACUCGUCCGCACCCGCUGUUCUGAUCAUGGUCGACAAAGGCUCUGGGAUUAUGGAUGCAUUUUGGUUCUUCUUCUACUCAUACAAUCUAGGGCAGACUGUGCUAGAGAUUCGCUUCGGCAACCACGUUGCUGAUUGGGAACACUGCAUGAUCCGAUUUGAGAAUGGUGUGCCGCGGGCCAUGUUCCUCAGCGAGCACGAAGGCGGCCAGGCUUAUGCCUGGGAAGCUCUAGAAAAGAGGGCCAUGAAUGCGACCAUCAACGGCCACAACGUCACCGUGGACCGGCCUGUCAUCUACUCCGCCGUUGGCAGUCAUGCGAUGUACGCCUUCCCCGGCGCACAUCCAUAUGUUCUACCCUUCAAGAUGCUCAAGGAUGUCACCGAUGACGGCCCGCUUUGGGACCCGUCUCUGAACAAUUACGCCUAUUUCUACGACUAUAAGGCGACGCCUCCCGGAGAAGAUGAGCAGAUGGUCGAGCAGUCGUUCGACGAGUCCCGCCCGUAUCCAUUCUCCACCGCCAACAUCGACCCACAUGCGAAGCCACGGGACUCCACCUCCAGUGACGACAACGACGGUGAACUCGCGACCGAGUCGCAAGAUGAGCCCACGACGCUGACGCCGGCGUCGUCGAACCCGCGCGCGCCCACGAGCUGGUUCCACUUCACCGGGCCGUGGGGCGACGAGCUCUACGGGCUCUUCGACAUCCGGCAGUGGCGCAUCUUCGGGCAGUACCACUACGUGACGGGGCCGAUGGGCCCCAAGUUCAAGCACCUGGGCCGCGAGAAGGUCUGCCAGACGGACCGGUGCAGGAUCCUACACAGCAUUGAGGAGGGCAAGAGAAAAGCGUGGUACUGA